UUACUUUACACAUGCAAGAACACUAGCCAAUACAGGUACUAUACACCUGGAAGAAGACAAAGCCAAUAAAGUUACUAUAAACAAGGGAGACAAUGGUAAUACAGUUACUAUACACAUGGAAGAAGACAAAGCCAAUACGGUUACUGUAAACAAGGGAGACAAUGCCAAUACAAUUACUAUAAACAAGGGAGACAAAGCCAAUACAAGUACUAUAACCAAGGGAGACAAUGCCAACACAAUUACUAUAAACAUGGAGGAUAAAGCUAUCACAGUGAAUUAA